AUGCAGUCGCCCCAUGCUCCAGAACUUGUCUCUCUCCCAGAUGAACUCCUCGAAAACAUCAUCGAUCAGCUCGAGAGCGAGUCCCUUGUGCAGCUCAGCCUGACCUGCAGGAGACUUCACUUCCUCGCCUUGCCGAUCGUCUUCGCCCGAGCCGACAUUCACGACACCACAUCGUUCUUUUUGCACGAUCCUCCAGCUCAUAUCUUGCAUGCACUUCGGUUCGCUUUAUUUGUUCAAAACGUCGAAUCACUUGGCGUCGGCUUUAGCACUUACGAUGAUCGACUCCUUCCAUCUACUCGUGAGCUCGGCAGGCUGAUUUCUCGCCUGCCGUCGAUGAAGAGGUUUUACUUGAGCUUUUCAUAUUCGCAUUUGCUGUCGCCCACCGUUCCCGAUUCAGCAUGGCAAAGAGAAGUUAUCCGCCUUCUGGAUCUCAUCACCAAUAGGUCAUGCACACUUUUGUCGGUGGCUGGAGGAUUUGAAAUCCGCCCAGACCCCGGAGCUGACUCUGCAUCAGCUAUCAGAGUCCAGUCACGUUCCAUCGUCAACUCAGGAUUUAGGCGCCUCCUGCGGAGGAUUGACCGAGUUGUUAUUCCUUUCAGUUUGAAGCGGUUGGGUGGCCGCAGCCGCCACUAUGGACUACGGGAAUUCCGAGCACUGACCAUCGUUCUUUUCCAACCGCCUUUUCUCAAGUGGACGAUAUCCACCCUACGGAACAACUCCCGGACUCUUACAGCAGUCUCUUUCCGGACCGACGGUAUCCCGACAAACACAUGGCAAGAUAUCCUCUCAAAUAUCACUCUCCCAUACCUAUCCAAGUUUGAGUUGACCAGCAGUCUGGGAGGCUUCGAGCCUACAGCAGUCCCGUUUAACAGCCUCCUCAGUUUCUUGACCAGGCAUCCUUCAAUUGUAAAUCUGGAACUACGCACUGUUGCCCGGCCGACGGCCCAUCAUCAGCUUCCGAGUCGGAAGCUUCUUCCAACUUUGGAAACACUGAAAGUGGAUGCCUGGUUCACUGUUUGGCUUUUGAACCGUGAAAAGGCUUUUGAAGACCUCACCUCACUAUACCUGGUGUCAGAAGCCUACCCUUUGUUUCGGACCUUUGAUUACAACACUUGGGAUGGAGUUCUGAGCCGAAUUCCUCGCAGCGCUCCCCAUGUCACCAAUCUAUACAUUUCGUUCUAUCCAGAGGCCGGCGCCAUAGAGUGGCUUGACAAGCAUGUGUCACAGGAGAACAGCCCAGUUGCCGCUCUCGAGAGCGUAACUACUCUCAAUGUCACCCGGUCUUGGAAUAUGUGGCGGAGAGAGGUGAUGGCUUUGAUACCCCAGUUCGUAGCACGGUUUCCAGGGCUUCAGGAUUUCACCUACGCUUCACCGCCACCUAGUGUAAAAAGAGCGACGCAGAGGUCAUUCAUCAAGGAGAUUAACAGGGCUUGCCCUAGAGUGACGGUUGAUUUAGGUUUCCUGGCUGAUCUUGAUACGUUGAGCCAGGCUAGUAAUGAUACACAGGAAAUAUCAUAG